CAGCGGCAGCAACAGCGGCAACAGCAGCCACAUAGCCAGCUGCAACAUGCCCGGCAGCAACAUGUCGCCCUCACUGGGCGUUCGGGGGCGUGGCAGCCUCUGGUUGACGCUUCUGCUGGCCACCACAGCAUUCUGCGGUGCCGCUUGGGCGGCGCCCACAGUGGGUGGUGCAGCGGCAGCGGCAGCGGUGGUGGUGGUGGCGCAGAAGCAGCCGCACCACAAUUACCACCAUUUGGAAUUCGGAGUGCAGGGCAAUACGCCCACGCUGAUGGAGGCGAGCACCACCAGAGGUGGGAAACAUGCGAAAGUGGCUACAGUGGUGCUACAGGCAACACCCAAUCCCAGCAGCACCACCGCCACCAGCACUACCACCACCACCGAGAUGGCAAGAGCCACAGAUAAAGUAGAGGGGCCUAGCGCUGAGACAGAAGCAUCUGCAAUCAGAAGCACCACUGAAAGUAGCACCACUGGAAGUAGCACAACUGGAAGUAGCACCACUGAAAGUAGCACCACUGAAAGUAGCACCACUGAAAGGAGCACCACAGGAAGUAGCACCACAGGAAGUAGUACCACUGGAGGUAGCACCACUGGAGGUAGCACCACUGAAAGUAGCAGCACUGAAAGGAGCACCACAGGAAGUAGCACCACUGAAAUUAGCACCACUGAGAUCCUCAGCACCACUGAGAAACCAACUGCAAGCAAUGAAACACUCAGAAGAACUACGACAGAGAGAAGUACCACAACAACCGUAGAAUCAGCAGCACCACCAAGCAAAGAAAGUAUUAAGGAGGAUUUGCAAGUGGUGCGGCUAUUGGACUUGGAGCACACUGCGGCACCACCGUUGGACAGUGGCCACGAUGGCCGCAAGCUGACCAAAAAGAAGCAGCUGCUGGAGCAGCACUUUCCCACCACCACGGUGGCCACCACCACCAUUGAAACGGAAGUGGAAAGGAUUCCCACAACCAGCAGCAGCACCACCACCACCACCACCACAAUGCUAAGCAGCAGCACCACCAGAGCACCACCGCUUCCGUUCACGUUCCCGCCGCUGCGACCCUCGAACCUUGCCUUCCUGGAAGCGAUAUUUUCCACGGCACCACCCACACUACCUAAUGACUUUACCACCAGGACACCACCGAACCCAUCCACGUUGGCGCCGCCGCACCAUGGCUACCUGGGACCGAUAUUUAUGGGCGAGCGAACCAUCGGGGUGGUGCAUCCGCUGAAGAAACCACAGCCAGCGAGCCACCAGCACGUGGCCUCGAUUGAGAGCCAGUUGCGGAAUGGCCGCUUGGUGGAGAUUCUGGCGCCCACGGCGCUGCUGGAGCAGAUACCCGAGCCCAGCACCACCCACGCACCACCACCGCCAGGAGCGGCCUCGGUGCUGUCCACCACCGUUUUCCAGGUGCCCGAUUUUCAAACCACCACCACCACUCGACUGCCCACAAGUAAGGUCGAGGUGGCUGCACCACCACCGCGCACCGAGUCCAAGAUCUCGGACAUUCAGAUCGAGGUGUACGAUUCCACGGUGGAUUCCAUAGUGGCUUCAACGAAUUUCCGCGACAGCGAGGGCUUCUAUGCACCACCGCAGAGCCCGGUGGAGCUUGGCACCACCAAGCCGUCGCACGAGAUGCCGCUGCCGCAGGAGCGGUUCACCCAGUACGUCAUCGAUCGGGCGGAUGUGUCCACUCAACCGGCCUCGGGUGGUGUUGGUGGUGUGGGUGGUGUCGUUGGUUUUGGCGGUGCAGCGGUGGGCAAGCCAGAGCCGGCGGCCAUCGAAAUCCACAUCAAUGUGUCCGAGGCAUUUGGCAGCGAAAGCGAGGACCUGGAGUUCUCCUAUCGGCAGCCCUCGCUGGUGGCCGACAAGCCGGGCAAGUCGCGCGAUGAGAUCCUGGUGGUCGAGAUCAUCGACAGUGGUGCGGACAACAGCAGCUCGGAAUCGGGCGGCUCCUCCGCCUCGGCGAGUGGCGAGCACAUCAAUCCGAUCUUCACCUUCCGCAACUCGGAUGCGGCGGCUGCACCCCCGCCGCCCGCUCGCCCCCCGCAAUCCGUUCAGGAUGCCGACGAGCUCUUCAUGGCCGAUCUGAAGGACGGCGGUGGUGGUGGUGGUGGUGCAGUGCCACGCCCGCCGCCUCCGCCGCCGCCACCACCACCGCAAAAGCCGAGCAUCGAUCGCGAUUCGGACACCAUCUUCUACAUAUCCAACACGGAAGUCAAGGUGGGUGAAUCGCUGCCGACGGUGGUGCCGGUGGAUGAGCAGCAGCGCAAGUUCCAGCUGGAGAACCAGUUCUUCCCCGCCAGCUAUGUGAUGGACUUACAGCAGCAGCAGCAGGAGCAGCAGGAGCAGCAGCGGCAGCGGCAGCAAGAGUUGCAAUCGCAACAGGCGCAGCAGGCAGAUGAGGACAUCAUCCUGUCACCACUGCACCACAAUGCGGAUGGACUGAAGAUCUUCCGCAGCUCCUCGUCGAGCAGUGGCGAUGGCGCACCACCGCUGGACGUCACCUAUGUGGGUGAGUCGGUCAUCGAGGUGGAGCAACAGCCGCAGAGUUGGAGCACCACCUUGCCACCGGGGCAACAGCAGCAGCAGCAGCAGCAGGAUAUCAUCAUCCAGCCGGCAGUGCUGCCGGAUUUGGCCAUUGGUGUGCCCGUCAUCGGGGAAUUGCCACCGCAGAUCGAGCUCAAGGAGAUCGACUACAUGCCGGGCGAGCUGGGAAUGGGCCAGAACGGCAUUGGCAUCUACGAGAACGACAUCCAGAGCAACAGCAUUGACAGCGAACCGGAUGUGAUCGAGAGCUCCAUCCAGUACGGUGGCGAUCUAAUCGACGAUGGCGCAGGCGGCGGCUUUGAUGGCGUUGAGGGCUCCUAUCCCUUCGAGAGCCCUGCGCACCGCCAGCAGCAGGUGGGCGUGGCCAGCGGGCUGAGCCACCAGCCCCACCGCCAGUCCGCCAGCCACUUGCACCGCGAACAGCUCCCAGUGGCGGAGAUGGUCAAUGCCACGCUGCUCCAGCGAUAUGACAGCGGAUCUGGAUCGGGAUCGGGAUCUGGCUCAGGAUCGGGAUCGGGAUCUGCAUCGGCAAUGGCUCCCUUGCUCGCAAGUGGAAGUAGCCGUUCUGGAAAUGCCACUGCUCUCUCGGACGAUCCACUGGCUGAAUACGAUGGAUACUUCAAUCUGUUUGCUGUUUCCAUGGGUCUCAUCAUUGUCAUCCUGCCCUCAGCUCUCUUGGUAUCCAUGUACUGCGCUAUAAAGUAUGUGCUGAGCAAGAACUCAGGAGCGGGCACGGGUGGCGCCCAAGGCGAUGACAGCGAGCAGGGCCAGGACUCCAAGCACGAGGACAUUUCCCGCAAUGCCCGGGAGACGAAAAUGCAUACAGACAAGGACGGUGUGUUCGUGGUGGAGGUGGCCCGUGGCAUCGACUCCAAGCAGCUGACAGGCGAUCAUUCCGGCGUCACCUUGGACGCCACCGAGCUGCCCUUCGACAACAAACUGGCGCCCAACGGCGGACAUUUGCUAGAGAAGUCGUUGCCGCCCAGUCACGAACAGGUGCAGAUCCAUGCACCGCCCCAGGAUUUCGCCACUGGCAAUCCGGCGCCACUGCAUCUCAUCGAGGAGGCCGAGGAGCAUGUGCCCGAGGAUCUCGGCCAGCCGGCAGAGGAGACUCACUCCAAUUUGGCACGCACUGGACUCUCGCAAUCGGACCUCAGCUCGACUUCAUCCAGCGACUCCAACAAGCGGUACUCGUACGGCAACCAGGAGCUCUAUGUCAUCGAACAGCCGGGCUAUGCCACCAGUUCACCCACAGCAAAGCCCAUAUUGAUAAGUCCAAAUCAAAAUGCAGGCCAGGAUCUGGAGCAGAAGUCACAGUUAUCCACCAGUGCUGAACCAACCGAAAUCGAUUCAAGCCAAGGAUCUAAAAAGUCAGACAAAGAAGUUGCUAGGCCAGCAGAGGCGGUGAAAGAGGAGGAGGUGGUGGCCAAUCCUCCCCAGAGGGAGCGAGAUGAUCUACCUGAAUGUGAGGGUAACCCCUCGCCCAAAGAGGAGGCAGAUGAAAAACAAGAGGAGCCCGUUGUUCCGGAAAAGGUGACAGAGGCUCAACCCAAAGAGCAGGAAGUGGUUUCAUGCAAUGAGCCAGAGGUGCCACCACCACCAAAAGAGGACAUGCCGCCACCAACUGUUGAAGUCUCUCCACCAAAGGAAGAUCAGGUGCCGAUUGAGGAGAAGGUGGAGGAGCAGGAGGAGCAGGAGGAGCAGGAGGAGAAGCCAGACAACCAAGCCGAAUUCCCAGCCGAGUCAAAAGCAGAUCCCACUGAAAUGGAAGCAGAGUUACCAGAUGAAUCCCCCAAACCAGAGCCAGAGGCAGAGGCAGUGGAAAUCCAAAACGAACCGGAGGCCGAGAGCAACUACGACAGUCUGAUGAGCCUGCCGGCGCCACCAUCCACGGAGGAGAUCAAGGAGCUGGGCGACUACGCCCUCAUGGAGUCCAACCAGUUGGACAGCCUGCCACCACCGCCACCGCCACUCCAAGAUGUCCCCAGCACUCCGCCAGUGAGCGCGAGGCCCGCUGCCAUCAGUGUCAGCAAUGGGAAUGGGAUUGGGAUUGGGAUUGGCAAGGUCACGGUGGUGACCACCGUCGGUGGCGGUGGAGUUGGUGGUGCGGCCGAGGAGCCCUCCACCCUGACACCACCCGCCUCGCCGCCCGCCACGCCACCGCCAUCGCAGACAUCGACGCAGUACGCCAGCAAUGGACUCACCAAUGGCAUCCAUGCCCUGGCCGUGGUCGAUGUGAAUGGCAGUUAAGAAAGGCCAGGUGAGAGAUAGAUUUUUUUUUACAAAAAUUAGAUCUCGAAGAGAUCAGAUAUUAACUAUACCACGAGAGGAGAACGAUAGCUUGUAGGGAUUACUAGGAGUACUGAAGCCCCAAAUGGGGGCAAACAUGAAAUGUGGCAAAAACGUUCUCAAGCAAAAAACUUCAAUUUGAAUAUACACUAAGUAGAGAGAAACUUUUUCCACUUACUGUUUGUUGAUUUUCGAAUAUAACGAUAACGAGUAAUAACAAUUAAAUGCGAUUAAUAUAAAAUAUAAAUAUAAAUCAUAAUUAAUUGUUUGUCUAUUUGCGGCUGGCGGCCUCUCCCCCCCCCACCCACCUACCAUCCACCCACAACCACCCAUUCGACCCAUUCGACCCACUUUCCUCGCCAUUUCGGGGGGUCGGUGCGGCUAACGAGUAUUUCAAUGUCUAUAAAUCUACAAUAAAGCUAACAAAAAACACAAAAAACUCCAAAAAUAACAAGAAAAAAUAGUAUACAAAUGGAAAAGUAAAUACAAAUAUAAAUACGAAAAUACGAUGAAAUCUGCAUACGAACUACAUAUGAGUACAUGAGUAUAUGAUGAAAGAAAUGCGAUACAUGGGCAAACAGAACAGAGCGAAUAGGAGAGUAACUACCGAUAUGUAACGAUGCAUAAUUAAUUAGGCUAAUUAUUUACACACCCACAACAAUGCCAAAAAUGUUAAAUGGUAAAAUGGUGAAUGUCAAGCCAGCAGCAACCGCAUAAAGAGCAUAAUUGUAGUGAAUUUAUUUGGAUUCGAUGGGAUGGAUGGCCAUCAAUGAUAACAUCAAUGUGUGUCCUGUGUCCGGAUUCCCAUUAAAGUGUAGGUGUAAAGAGUUUUAAUUAGCAGAAAUCCGAGGGGAAGUCCGAGUUGGUUUCAAAAACAUUAAUUGUUUUCUAGCGCGAUUAUAUGGAAAACGGAUUUCCGAUGAAAACGAAGUCAUUUGAGCUGCAUGUUCAUAUUCAGGGUAAUAUAUUAGAAAGCCCUGCAGUUUUUCAAUUUUUGCCAAUUGUUUAAUACAGAAUUCCGUGAAAGCAAACAAGCAGGUGGAUAGUUAAAUAUUCCGGACAUGGACACACCCAAAUAUCGUUGAUAUUUCGAUAUUCAGAUUUCGCAAAUUACACAAUUCACUUGACAAAAUCAAAUGUGCCGAACUUUUGUAGCAAGCCAACAUAAUUUACAAAGAGAAACGAACAAUUUAUACAAUGCCAAUACGGUGAUUACAGCAUAAUGAUUACAAUAUACAGUAUAUGUAACCUUUUAAACGAUAAUCUAGUCAUAGUCCUAGUCGAUACAACAUAUGUGUAUGUAUAUUUUUUUCGUGUGUGUGUAUAUGCGGAAAUUGGGCGAAUCGAGGACUUCAACUCCAAGCAAAUGAGAACUAAAUGGCUAACGAUAGAAAUAAGAUGAGAGAGAUGAAAUGAAAUGAGAUGAGAUGAGAUGGCAAACUAGAUGAAUGCAGAUCGUGAACAUUUCCGAUAUUAUUGCUCCCCCCUAAAAUGGUAUACACACAUACUAUAUAUAGCAUAUAGAAGAAAACUUGACUCUUUGAAAUGAAAUGAAAUUCUUAGCAGUUAAGCCGAACGGAAUAAUAAAGUAAAGCCCAAAAUCCAAAAAUCCAAAAAUCCGUGCACUGCAAGUGGCGCGUUUUAGUGUAAGUAGUAGGAAUUAUCUAUGCCCCGGAUAUGCAUACAUACAUAUAUAGAGAUGGGGUCGUUUAUAGGUGGAACAUAAUCCCUGGCUAACGAUUUAACCACUUUUGUUGUUUACGUUUGUUCCCAUUGUUUUAUUGACAAUUAAGCCCGAUUGCUAAUGGUCGAGCGGGGAUGCCAAUGAGAAAAUAUUAUGAAUAUUACAAAAUGAAUAGCCCAAAAAAAAAACAAAAACACACACGAAACACUAAUCGUAAAUCAAA